AUGCUGAACUCGCCAAUCUCGACCACUCCGAAGAAUCUUCCUACUGGAUCAAACUCAUCCAACUCGGUCUUCGCUACUCCCACAGCGGACAGCGUCAGAAAACUUGCACCCUUGAAUGAAAGCAAGCCAACCACAACCAGCACCGAUGGAAAAGCUCUGUGCAGAAUCUGCCUGGACGACAGCCAAGAACACUCGAAGCUGAUUUGCCCAUGCAACUGUAAGGGAACAGUGGCUCGAACUCAUUCGGCAUGUUUGGAAAAGUGGGUUGAAGUUACACAUAAUACAAACUGCCAAAUUUGUGGUGCAGACUAUGAACUGGAAUCCUAUGGUUGGAAACGAAUCACUGAAUGGAGCUAUCCACGUCCACUAUCAAAUGAAUGGGAAGAUGUUCUCGAUUUUCGUUGCUGCAUAGCUUGGAUUAUUUACUUUAGUAGAUAUAUCUAUAUGAACGCUGCCUAUGGAACACAAGAGACGAAUCGGCAAAUUGCCGAAGCAAUUGGUGAUGGAGUAUUUGCAAAAUGUUGGUGGUUCGCAUUUUGGAUGAAUAUGAUUUACUAUGGUUCAAUUACUGUAUUGUUGGCGGAUCAGUGGAUCACCGAAAAUCGCGUCUACCGAUUCCGUGAUCGACGUCCAAAGAAGCAUUGA